AUGGCAGCUCCCAAGGAGAACAGCCUCUUCCCUCUCAAUCCUUACUACAUCCCUGGCUACGAGGGCUUCGUGCCCCAGUACAAGUACCGGUUCGGAGAGACCUACGGCAGGAGCACCUACCGGCUGCUGACCGAGCCGGGGGUCGGGCGCAGCCCUCGCUCCUUGCUGGCGCCGCUGCGCCCGGAGAAGUUCCUGGAGGACUUCAGCGGCUCCAAGCAUGGCACCCAGGGGUACCCCCCCGGGCCGGCAGGGUACUUCCCUUAUGAGAAGGCUGGGGCUGCAACAGCCAUUCCUGAGCAAGUCCUAGGGCCAAAGCCUCUCCUGCCAUGGCCAGAGGCAGCAGAGGAGGAGAUGGUGAUGAAGCACAUGGACCCCGUGCCUGAGCACCACCCAGGUGACUACGUCCCAAGGACACGAGAGCCCCGAGGAGAGCCACGGAGCACUUCCCAGCAUCCUGACUCAGAGGGGACAGAGCUAAGCCCAGCCUGGGGCCAGGGGCAAAGGUGUGGGGCUGGCCAGCUCGGUGGGGCCUUGGCAGGAAGCACAGUGCCUGUGGAAAUGGAGGCUGUGGCUCUGCCCAAGCUGGCUGGAGCUGUGGAUGUGGAGCAAGACCUUCGUUUACCAAAACUGGAUGUACCAAACCUGAUCCAGCAGAAAGUCAUCUCAGGCUACACUGGCUUCAUCCCUCGCCUCUGCUGGGUCCACGGUGCCAGCUACCUCCAGGCGGUGAAGGAGGCGAUGAACGAAUUUGACCAGCUGCAGCUGUCAGAAAGGAGCCCAACCUGCAGCCCUGGCAAGAGAUAUCCCCGCUCCUACCUGCCCAAGAACAAAAUCUACACCAGUGCUGGGCUGAUACCUUUCUACACAGGCUUUGUACCAAAGCUCCGAGACACCUACGCACUCACCUUUGGGGACGGCACCCGAGCAGCUUACCACAAGAAAUAA